AUGGCUUCCUCCAGCAGUCUCCUGUCUGAGGAGCAGUUCCAGUGUUCUAUCUGUCUGGAUGUGUUCACUGAUCCAGUCUCUACCCCAUGUGGUCACAGCUUCUGCAUGACCUGUAUCAAAGGAUUCUGGGACACCAGUACCUCCUGUCUGUGUCCCACAUGUAAGAGGAAGUUUGAGAAGAGACCAGAUCUCUUUGUUAAUAUAGUGCUUGCUGAUUUAACCGCUCAGUUCAGGAAGUCGAUUGAGGUGAAGGUCAGCAGUACCCCACAGACACCUGCUGUUAAAACCAGAGACAUUUCAUGUGACAUCUGUACUAGUGACAAACUGAAGGCUCUGAAGUCCUGUCUGGUGUGUCUGACCUCUUACUGUGAGACUCACCUGGAGCCUCAUCAGAGAGUCCCAGGCUUGAAGAGACACAAACUGAUUGAUCCUGUGGAGAAUGUGGAGGAUUAUAUCUGUAAGAAACAUGAGAGACCCCUGGAGCUGUUCUGUAGAGAUGAUCAGACAUGUGUGUGUCAGUUCUGUACUGAGGGAGAGCACAGAACUCACAACACUGUCCCCAUAGAGGAGGAGAGUGGAGAGAAAAGGACACAGAUGGGGAAGAUACGGAUUGAAGUCCAGCAGAUGAUCCAGGACAGACUGAAGAAGACUGAAGAGAUCAGACACUCAGUAGAGAUCUGUAAAAGAGUCCAGACUGAGCUGCUUGAAGUGAUGGAGGAGAAACAGAAAACAGCAGAGAAGGAGGCUGAAGGAGUCAUUAAAGAACUGGAGCAGGAAAUCAGUGAUCUACAGUGGAAAAACAGUGAGCUGGAGCAGCUCUCACAAACUGAGGACCUCCUCCACCUCCUACAGAUUUACCCAUCUGUGUGCAGCCCUCCCCACACCAAGGACUGGACUGACAUCAGUAUUAAGACUGCUGUGAAUAUGGAUGCUCUGUGGAGAUCUCUGACUCAGCUGGAGGAAUCAUUCAAUAGGGAAAUAGAGAAGAUCCCAGAAAUAAAACUGAAGAGGGCUCAGCAGUAUGCAGUGGAUGUGACUCUGGAUCCUGAUACAGCUCAUUCAUAUCUCAUCCUGUCUGAUGAUGGAAAACAAGUGACAUGUGGAGAUGAAGAACAGGAUCUGCCUGACAACCCAGAGAGGUUUAGUGACUAUCUCGGUGUCCUGGGAGAAAAGGGGUUCUCUUCAGGGAGAUUUUACUAUGAGGUGCAGGUCAGUGGGAAAACAAAGUGGGUUUUAGGAGUGACCAGAGAGUCCAGUGAGAGGAAGACGGACUGUGCAGAGUGCCCUGAUAAUGGAUACUGGACUGUGUGGCUGAGAAAUGGGAAUGAGUUUAAGGCUCAAGAUGGUCCCUCUGUCCUCCUCUCUCUGAAACACAAACCCCAGAAGGUGGGGGUGUUUGUGGAUUAUGAGGAGGGUGUGGUCUCUUUUUAUGAUGUGGAGGCCAUGUCUCAUAUCUACUCUUUCACUGGUCAGACUUUCACUGAGAAACUCUAUCCAUACUUUAAUCCCUGUAGUAAUGAUGGAGGUAAAAACUCAGCUCCGCUGAUCAUCUCUCCUGUCAGUCGCAAUAAAUGA